GUCAGGGGCUUCUAGAAGUUGUUGCGCCGAGGCCGAAAUGUUCUGGAUCACUUUUGAGGAGGCAGAGCAGAUGGUUCAAUAACUGGAUAUAUCACAACACAAUAAUAAAAAAAUCGAGAAAAGAUUAAUAUGAAAUCAGACGAAAUUAGUAAUCACUAUAGACAUCUCAUGAAAAACAUUUUAUAUACAUAUAUAGUAGCAAAGAUGCUUUCUUUCUUGUCUUUUUUUAGUGUGUUUUUUAAUACUCAAAAAGAUCAGUUGGGCUUUUAUGAAAGAAUAGCGCAGAGUCUAUCUUUUGGUUUGUUUAGUUCUGGGGUUUUGUCAGCAUGCCGGACAAACUCCUCCACCUGCGGGGCCUUUCUGCAGCUCGGGGUUCAGUUCAGCCUCGCCGUGAUGAGCAGAGCUGAAAUGAAUCCUGCUCCGUCCGCUCAGUGUGAAGGAGCAGAGUUUAUCUGACACUCUGUGACACUGAACCUGAUCGGACCUCCUCAGACUGUCUGGGGCUGAUCUCACACCUCCGUUAGGGGGGUCACCAUAGCGCCCCCGCCUGGUCACCCACCUGUCGCCGGGUUUUCACGGGAGAGCAGCAGAUAGGUCAUUAAGCCACUUUGACUGAAAAUGUCUGCAUCAUUGCGGAAGUGGGUUUAUGUAGGCGUUAAACUGUUCCGCAGACAGAGCAACUCUUUUACGCUGUUUGCGCUCGUUUAAGGAAAUACAGUGGCGUUUUUCCACAAGUUGGAGCUGAUUUCAUGAAACAGAGAAAAGAACAGGAGCAGCAGCAGGAGGAGGAGGAGAAAGAGAUGAAGCAGGGGAGAAGACAGGGGAAGAGGGCUAGUCGCUAUGGGUGGAGUGGGAGGGAGAAGGAGGAGGAAAAGAGAAAAGGAGGAGAAGGAGGAGGAGAGGGCCGCUGGUCCAUGUGACAAGGGGAAAUAUGAGGGACUUUGACAGGUCUUAAACGGUCUGGCGCCAAGGCCUCAGUCUAGCCGCUAAAUAUAGCCAGAGAGAUGAUGUAGGGAGAUGGGAGGAGAAGAUGGAGAGAUGAAAGGAAGAAGGGAACAAUGUCUAGGAGAGGAACAACACAACAAUACUCUUUUAUGGACGAAUAUGGCGCAAAACCAUCCGGUUGUAUUGUAAUUAGAGCGUCGUGGGCCCGGAUCGUUGAUCCAGUGGCCGCUGAUGCAGACUGGAGGCGCUUUUUACGCGCAUUUCCACAUCUGCAGCCGCACUGAGCUGUAUUGAGCGGACAAAUCAAGGACACUCACUCAAAAGCUUCUGUCAACUUCCUGUAUGAAAAGCAUCACGCAAGCAGUUAAUUCUCUUUAAAUAUGAGCUCAAACUGCAGCAAGAUCUGAUGUCUCAUAUUCACCCUUCCAAAAAUGCUCAUUCUCAGCGGUAAUUCAUGAUAAUUCCCUUUGUGUUUUAUUGUUUACUAUCAGGAACAACCGUUUCAGAAAGUUAGUUUUCCACAUUUCUGCAUUUUGUUGGACACAACCAGCUCCCACAUGUGCCCAAAGAGCGGGUCUAAGAAGCAUAUUUACUGUCUGCUUCCAUUAAUCCCCAACACAGAAGAUGUGUUAAUCUGUCAGCGCACAGCCCCGAGAAUUACCAGCAGUCCUCCUUCGACUUAAUGACUUUUAAAUCGCGCGUAAUGGAGAUUUCUCUGCCGUUUGAGGGCACAGAACAAAUAAAUGGUGACUAAUUUGCACCAGCAUUGUUGAUACAAUUAUCCAGCUGAGUUUUGCGGCAGAAAAACCGUUAUCCCCUCUCCAUGUGUUGCUCAUUUUUACCCUCUCAGUGAAGCUCUGGUCAGACUUUUAAAACAACAAAAAUCAGUUGCUCCUUCAUCCCUGCCUACCCAGCAGGUCUGAAGGUUCUCCUCUCAGCGGGCAGGUGCGGCCUAACUCAAAGAGAAGUGAAAGGAAACAUUCUUGGAUAAAUAUAUUUUACGCUCUAAUAGGAUUUUAUGUGCCAUGCAUUCUCAAUGAGAGAAAUUAUUUUUCAGCCCAUCCUCGUGCUCUCACUCGCAGCCCUGCUUCCACCCAGACAGGUCUGACUCUGCUGGAAGCCGCUGUCUGGCCCGCAGGCUUGCUACUUGAACGUGGCUGCAGAAAACUGGAAAAAUCCCAGCAACAAGUGUGUACCACGGUGGAGAUGAGCAAUUCAUGCGCCUACAUCAUGCGUUCAUGUAACUGCUGCAGCAUUUUUAAGAGGAGUGAAUAUUUAGUGUUGCCCCCUUUGACUCACUUUUUCAGUUUAUUUAUUAUUAUUUGCACAUUUCUGUAAUAAAGUGGCGAAAUAUAAAAGAACAAUUCUUUUGUUUACAAAAGAACACCCAAGUGCUAAUUUGAGCUGUAAAUGUAUUGAUAAUAUUCAAAAUACUUUGGGAGCCAAUUACAUUUUUUUGUUUUGUUUUGUUUUUGCUUUUCUUCUCUCUCUCUCUCUCUCUCUUUCUUUUUUUUUAGCGGCUGUCAGCGGAAGCGGCAGAGACGCGGCUCACUUCCAGCCUUCAUAGGAAAUACGCAGCCGCCUCUGACGGUCUCAUUCAGGGAGAGGAUCACUUUUUGUUUCUGUUUUUGUUUUUUAAGUGACGCCUGUGGCCCAAGCAGAGCAGCUGCUUCUCCGAAAAGAACGAAAAGAAAAAAAAAGACAGCUCACAUCUGACACCGAGUCAUGACCGAGGCGGAGAAGUGGAGCGGAGCCGCAGAUGAGGCAGCAGAGGGGGCCGGAGGGGCUCGCACAUGCAACACUUCAGGGUAAAUACAAAGAGACAGGAGAUUGUUCUCGUUGCGGUGCAUCAGCCGACUGGCGCCGGGCGGCUCGCUAACAACCCGAGUCCGAGUUCAGCAGGAGCCGCAGCGCGGCGCGGCGCUGUUCCUGCGGAGGCUCAGCGGAGCAGGGCGUCCGGAGGCCGGUGAGUGCGGGAGACCCAUCCCCGCACAGUCCGCACCGUUUAACCGGAUCCAAGCCGGCGGAGACCCCGCGCUGUCACGGCCUGUUUUCGGAUCCCACUCAGCACUAAAUCAUGUCAUCGCCGCGCCUGUUUGAUGUGGAAGUAGAAGCGACGCAGAAGGAAACAUCAACGCGAUGCUGAGCGGAAACAACACAAGUCCAAUCACAAAAAGAUGGUCUAAAAAUACAAGAGAAGUUCAAUAAACUUUCAGCUGCUAAACAAGGAAGAAUUUCACUGAAGUGGACACUCACCGCUUUCUUCCUCCCUGAAUUUUCUCUCAGACUAUAUUCAUCGUGAAUCUUUUCGUUUCCUCUUUUUUUCUUUUUUUUUAACGCAGCUUGUGCCUCUUCCAGCCCUCAGUGCACCGCUGCUGCUGCCGCUGCCUCCCCGACACCUUGACCAGGAAACACGGCCAGGCUGAGCUGCUCUCCCCCCAAAGAGGCUGGGGAUGUUUGAGGCGAGGCACAGCUGACCCUACCCGGCACACUGUGAAGUAAAUCAUCGUAAGUGCAAUAAACAGCCGACCAAUAACUACAGUGUGUGUUAAUAUGGAGAACGGCUGCGGAGAGUAGCGAUUCUGGGAGAUCAGUCUCUCCGGAAUGCUCAGAUAGCUGCGACUCGAGGAUUUCCUGUUCUGAGACACUGACUGUGAAGCAGCGAAGCUGUUCUCCUGCUCAGAGAGUCUGGCCGGAGCUGUCAGAACCACGCCUAUAGGGGCCCACAAUUGGUCCAGAAAGCGUAAAAUCAGCAAUCAAAGGGGCUUGGUUCAUUAGUGCUGGGGAUGGAGGCAGGAAGGACAUGUGAGAUAGUAACAGAUCAGCAGUGAACAGGGCCACAUCUCUUCAGUCAGGGUGGAAUGACUGAAGUAGAGGAGACAUAGCGCAGCCGGGCUGAGCCGUCACAGCGCCGCCGACACUGAAGGACGCAGCCGAGGAACCGAAGGAGGAAAAAAGACAUCAGCAGCAACUCUGGUCUGUUUUUUUCUACCCGACAACACGUCGAGUGUAUUGGCAAGAGGCAGCAGCCGUCUGCGCCGCUUUAAAGAAAUUAUCUGCCGUCGAAGCGCAGAGCCACACUGGCUCCAGGUCGGGGCGGAGAUACCACUAAAACAUCCAUCGUUGUUUCACUUCGCUUUUUGUGGAUGCACCGAUGAGAGAUCCAGUUUUCACAGGGACUGCGAUGGCUUAUCACCCUUUCCACCCACACCGGCCGACCGAUUUCCCCAUGUCCGCCUUUCUAGCGGCCGCGCAGCCUUCCUUCUUCCCAGCGCUCAGCCUUCCUCCCGGGGCGCUCACCAAGCCUAUCCCGGAGCACGGCCUGGCCGGGGCGGCGGAGGCUGGACUCCACCCGGCCCUCAGCCACCAUCAGGCGGCUCAUCUCCGCAGCAUGAAGAGCCUGGAGCCCGAGGAGGAAGUGGAUGACGACCCCAAAGUAACGCUGGAAGCCAAGGAUCUUUGGGACCAGUUUCAUAAACUCGGAACGGAGAUGGUUAUUACCAAGUCUGGAAGAAGGAUGUUUCCCCCGUUCAAGGUGCGGAUAAACGGCCUAGAUAAAAAAGCCAAAUACAUCCUGCUGAUGGACAUCGUGGCGGCGGACGACUGCCGCUACAAGUUCCACAACUCUCGCUGGAUGGUUGCGGGCAAGGCCGACCCGGAGAUGCCUAAGCGGAUGUACAUCCACCCGGACAGCCCGGCCACCGGCGAGCAGUGGAUGGCCAAGCCUGUUGCCUUCCACAAACUCAAGCUGACCAACAACAUUUCGGACAAGCACGGAUUUGUCCAGACCAUCCUGAACUCCAUGCACAAGUACCAGCCCAGGUUCCACAUAGUGCGGGCCAACGACAUCCUGAAGCUGCCCUACAGCACCUUCAGAACCUACGUGUUCCCAGAGACCGAGUUCGUGGCGGUGACGGCCUACCAGAACGACAAGAUAACGCAGCUGAAAAUUGACAACAACCCUUUCGCUAAAGGAUUCAGAGACACUGGCAACGGCAGGAGAGAAAAAAGGAAACAGUUGACCAUGCCUUCGCUGCGGAUGUAUGAGGACCAGUGCAAAGCGGAUCGGGAGGGCGCGGAUUCGGACGCCUCCUCUAGCGAGCCUCAGGCCGGCCGAGAUGCAGUCCACUCCCCGCUGGGCCCCAGCACCAGCCCGCUAAGGUUCAGCAGGCCCAGCCGAGAUGAGAAAACACUCACAGACAGUGAGCAGGAGCUGGAGCAGCAGGACGAGCGCUGCACAGGCUCCAACAGCCCAGGGACUGAACCUGUGUCCCCUUACAGCUCCAGGUGUGAGGAGCGCGUGAGGGACCGGCCCAGUGCCGAGAAGAAGGAUGAAUCCAUAUUCAGUAUAAGGAAUCUAGAGAAGGACAAAGCAGAGAGCAGGCACAGGAAGGACACCACAGAGGUGUUGACUAAGGACGCUGAGGCUGGAGGCACGGCUGCCACUAAGGACACAUUCUCCCCUCUAGUGGUCCAAACUGAGAGCCCCUCGCACUUCAGCCCAGGUCACCUACAAAGCCUGGCUCUGUCUGGGCUCCACAGUCAGCAGUUCUUUAACCCCCUGAGCACCGGAUCGCCGCUUUUGUUUCAUCCCGGCCAGUUUGCCAUGGCCCCUGGAGCCUUUUCUGCUAUGGGAAUGGGGCAUCUGUUGGCCUCUGUUUCAGGAGCAAGUGGUUUGGAAAACGGCAGCCUCUCCACCCAGGGCACUGGAGGAACUCCUAACCCUUUCCCCUUCCAUCUGUCUCAGCACAUGCUUGCCUCUCAGGGCAUCCCCAUGCCUCCUUUUGGAGGUCUUUUCCCGUAUCCGUACACCUACAUGGCAGCUGCAGCAGCUGCAGCUUCAGCCUCAGCCUCAGCUCUCCCUGCGACCAGCACCUCCAGCCCGCUCUCCAGAAAUCCCUUCCUGGGCUCGUCCCGUCCCCGCCUACGCUUCAACCCCUACCAGCUCCCCAUGUCGCUGCCCCAGAGUUCCAGCCUCCUCACUACUGGCCUGUCCAGCAGCCUCAGCCUGGGCAAUGAGUCAUCCAAACCUGGCAGCAGGGAGAGCAGCCCGGCCCCAGAUCACCACAGCAACCAUAAGACAGGGGGAUUGGGUGGAAAGGUGGCUUCUCCCAAAACCUCCAUGAAGGACUCUGUAAACGAGCUGCAGAGCAUUCAGAGACUGGUCAGUGGCCUGGAGGGCCAACGGGAACCCUCUCCCACUGCAGACUCUCCAAAGUGAUGAGGACUUUGUGUCUGGGGUGAAGACUACCAGAGAACUUUGGGUGCAUAUGUCCUGUACAGCACAUCACAGACACUGACAUGAUGAGAGUCUAUGAAGACUAAUUACAAAAAUAUUUUCAGAACAAAGCUGCGGGUACACAAAGAUAUAUAUAGUCUGUCAUUAUAAAAAAUCUUUUUUUUUUUUUUUUCACAAGUAUUGAAGGUUUCCUACCGUGCUGACUGGUUUACAGAGAAAAUCUCUCUAGACAUUUUCACCACAACCACUGAGUCCUGCUGUUUGACAUCCUCUCCCCAAACCCACCAGGCACCAUCAUGCUCUUUUAAAUGAGCUCAGAAUGAUUUGAAAAAUCCUAAAUUACAAUUCUACAGCAAUGGAAAUGAAAUAUCUUAGCAAAAAGUUAACCACUUACGUUCAAGGAUGUGGAGCAGAGAGUAGCUUUGGCAUGUGGUGAUGUUAGGAUGAACCACAGAGGGGCCUGGAGGGGCCUGGAGGCACCCAUGUAUGGGUGAGCCUGCAGCUGCACGCACAUAUAUAUCAGCAUCCAACUUUAGCGGAGGGGGUGUUGUUUUGUUUUGUUCCUUUUUUCUUUUAUUUUCUUUUUUUUUAAGCAAAACCGAUCCUGGAACAGGAGCCUAAUGACGGCAGGUCUGCUUAUUUCACAAAAAGGGAUGGAAGGAUGGAAGGUGAAAAUCCCGUCUGACAGAGACUAACCGCUCAUCAUUUCAUGCCAGAAAUAUUCUUGCUGAACUAUUUAUGUAAUUAAAAUUUUCUGUAAAUAAAUCUAAGAUCAAGAAUAUGCAAUUGGUAUUAAUUUAUUCAAUGCUGUAUAUUAGCGUGUAUAUAUACUUUUUUUUGUCGUUUCCCUUCCUGAUCCUCCUUCUCGUUGACCCUCACCUCCCUAUGCUAAAUGAACAUAUACUGUAAAUUGGAGCUAUUUAGCGCUUGUUGGUUUGA